GAAAAAGCCUUCGAUUUUACGGUGAAUUUUUAAGCUAUUAAAAUAGAUCAAAAUUCGUGAAAUAUAAAUGUGAUAGAAGUAUAACUGCAUGUACUGCAAAAGUAAAUAAAAUCUAAAGUUUGAACACAAUCUCAAAUUUUCCUCUGUAAGAAAAAUAUUAAGUAGAUAUAAUAUCGGCAUUUCGGCGAAGAACUAUUUAUUUGCCAAAAGUAUUUCUCAUAAGGGAAUCAGUGCUACUUUUUUCUUUGAAAAAAAUUGAUCGCCCGCUUGACAACACUGGUACCGACCGGUCGCUUGGAACACUUUGUUCAGCUUUGCAAUUUCGUAAGCUGCAGCCAGAGAAAACGGGUUUUUCGCCGCGCUACGGCUGUGUGCGUACAGUGUACCCCGGGCAAUAGGCUGCUUUGUGAAUGUACGUGCUGCCCUAGUAGAAACACACAAAGAGAAGAAAGAAUAGCUUAGCAGCAUAUAGGGGAGAAAUAGAAAAGUGUUUCCACAGAAAAGAUGGCUGAUCUGGACGCAGUGAAUCUCGGUCUCGACGAAACUCGGGAUAUCGCUGAGGAACUGGAGAAUAGUUACGAUACGCGGAGUGAAGCAUCAGCGGCAAGCUCGGACAGUACGACGACCAAUCCCAGUAUCAGCGAUGUGAGCUCGGAUUCAUCGGACGACGACGAUGAAGAGAAUAUCGAGCGCAGAAAUUCUGCCAGCAAGAAAGCUCAGCAGAAGAAGAAAGGCAACAAGAAGAAGGAAGAGAAAGAGUCAAAGAAAGAUGGGGAAAAAGAUGGCGGUGGAACGGCCUCUUCGGUCAAUAACAGUACCAAGAAGGAGCGAAAAUCUCGCAGCCGAAGUCCACAAACGGCCACCACGGCCACGGCCACCGAUACGAAGCGUAGUCGCACUAAAAACAGUACCGUAAAAAACUCCGUCAAGUCAUACGACUAUGUUACAAAAAUAAACUAUCUCUUCCGGGAGACCCGCUUCUUCCUCAUCAAAUCGAAUAAUACCGAGAAUGUCACAAUUUCAAAAACUAAAGGCGUUUGGUCAACACUGCCGCCAAAUGAAGCUAAUCUUAAUCAGGCUUUCCGUGAAAGUCGCAAUGUUAUAUUAGUGUUUUCCGUCAAAGAGAGUGGUAAAUUUGCAGGUUUUGCUCGGAUGGCAGCGGAAGCACGCCGAGAUCUCCCUGCAGUAGAAUGGGUUCUCCCUCCAGGUAUGUCCGCUAAAGCUCUGGGAGGUGUAAUCAAAAUCGAUUGGGUCUGCAAAAAAGAAUUACCUUUCACAAGUACAACCCAUCUGUAUAAUCCAUGGAACGAAAACAAGCCGGUCAAAAUUGGACGAGAUGGUCAAGAAAUUGAGCCGAAAGUAGCUGAAGAGCUGUGUCGUUUGUUCCCGGAGGACACUUCUGUUGAAAUGACACCUAUCUUGAAGAAAUCUAAAGAAGCUUCUAAACAAAUGAAAGAGAAAGCUGCAUCGAAAUCAUUCCGGCGUCCACCCAAUUUUGCACGUCCCACAAAUGUAAUUCGUGGACGAGGAGGUAUUGGUGGUGGCGCUGGGGGUGGUGGACCGAUUCGGGGUGGCCGCAGAAAGAUGUUUCACAACAAGGGCGGACGUCCGGCGAUGUUUCCGCCGUACCGCAAAGAUAUGCGUCGUGGCCAUGGUCACGCGCCUCGAUUGCACCCUGGGGUAGAUCGUGCAGCUGCAGCGGCAGCCGCUGCCGCAUCGGCCGCCGGUUUUCAUGGAUGGGAACGGUACAGCAGCACGGCCGCCGCCGAAGCGUACGUUGCAGAUUAUAUGCGCACAAUGCAGCAUCAGCUGCCUCCAAUGCCGUAUGCUCCACCGCCAGGUUUUCCUGGUAUGCCUCUACCAUACGAAGGCUUACCACCACCACCACGUUAUUACGAAGGUUUGCCUAUUCCGGAAUAUCCCCUCCCACCCGGCGCUAUUCCUGGAAGCGUAACCGGUGCUGCAGGAGCUCCACCUCCCCGUGGUUACGAUAAGUACGAUGACUUCAUGUGGAAACCACCGCCAGGAGCUCCUGGUACGGCCGCCGUACCCACUUCGACUGCCGGAGCUGCUGGUUUACCCUCCAUGAAAGGACCUCCACCACCGUUACCGAAUUAUCAUGUUCCUCCACCAACAGCCCCACCAUCAGCUCCGUCCCACGGUCGCAAAAAUGAUCGUUCUGAUGGUCAGCGCGAUCGCGACCGAAAUCACCGAAACGAUCGCAGCCAGCGAGGAGGUAGGAGUUACAACAAUCGAGAUCGUCGAUGAUUUGAAGUUUGUUCUCAACCACGCCGGCUGCUAGCAGACAGAUAUCGCUAGGCUGCACCGGCUAAGUCGUGCGUAUUUAUUGUUUCCUGACAAAAAAAAGCUGAUUCCCAAGGAGAGACAGUUUUUCAUUAACCAGAUGCAAUUACUAUAGAAAUGCAGCCCAUUUUACGAAAAAAAAAUGAAAAUCCAUCUUUACUGUGCAGCAGUAAUAGCAUCGUCAUCAACAUCGCUUCGAUAUAAUCAAACUGCGGUGGAAAGGUGUCUACUUCGAAACCAGAGACCUGCAGUUGUAGCAGAUAGUGACCAUUACUUGGAUUGCGGUGAAAUUUGUGAUCUCUUUGUUGGCGUCGUUGUCGUUUGUGUAGCAGAAGAAGACAGUGUUGUUUCCGAGUGUUCACAUUUGCUACGCAGUGCUAGUGAAGUUUCGUCUGAAUGGCGCCAAAUAAGCUGGACGGUUCCUCUUGAUGGACUUAGGCUCUUAUUAAAAGUGCGGUAUUAUUAGAAGCAAGUGCUAGAUGUGGCAAUGAUGGAUUUUUUUUUGUAGAAGCCAAGAUAGUUUGGGAAGAACUUUCCUAGCAGAUAAGUUAUAAGCAAGUCUGUUUUAGGCAAACGCAAAAGAAGUAUUCUCACAAUGAUAAGAAGAAAAGUUGAUACAACAAAUGGUGAUUGUCUGUCGACAAAAUGGCAGAAAAUGCAAGAACACAGUGAAGAACGUCUAAACGAAAAAGUGUGUUAACAGACAAUCGACAAAAAUAAAAAUAGUUGUGUAAUUGUGUUUAGAAAAAUGAAAAGCAAAGCAAAUCUACAUUUAUUACUACUGCUAAUAAGCUAAGAUAUUUACAUACCCUAUAUGAAGAAACUGUGCAUAAUUAUGUAUCGACAAGAAAAGCAAAGAGAAAAUUAAAUUAUGAACUUUUACUAGUAAUCUAAUAAAGGUUAACAAACAACCCAACCGAGUGAGAUGAACUUUUUCCCAAACUAGUGCGACAACCAAAGAAAUCGUGAGCUGGUGAUUUGUUUUUGCUUUCUCUGCUGACGAGGAGCGAAACCAACCACGGACGGACGGGGUAAAAAAAAUUAAAAUGUGAUAAAUUGUACUGCACUUAUAUUACUGGACUUUUCAAAAGCAAUUCAACUUGCCCCCUGUCUGCGUUUAGCAGCAGAAAGCCUUCCGAAACCGACAACAAGAGGAAUCGUGAAACGACAACGUGAAUGUGGUGAAAUUUAAAGGACUUCCAAAUUUGCAAUCAAGUGGGACUUUUUUCUAUAUAAUUGCAUCGUAACACAGUUAUCGCAACUGAUUAGUUGUGGCAAAACACAAAUCGUCGAAACUAAGAGACUGUACUUUUACUAGUUUACUAAUUAACUUGUACGCAUGCCUAACGAGCGAGCUGACAAGAAGUUUAUCUGGAUUCUGUGAAUCCUAACCAGCUUCCUACCCGCAAAACAAAGUGCUGGUGCUUUUAAAAGGCACCGCGACACCGGACUGCGAUAUGAACCGAUACAUGGUUCAACUUCCACAAACGAAUGGAGCUGGAGAACGUGAUGAAAGUAUUAAGUGGGAAGCCCAUCAGAGUCAAUUUCCGACUCGAGACUGAUGACAGUGAUUACGGUUCGUUUUUAUACAAAGGAAAAUUAUACUUCUAUUUAUUAUGUUACAUGAGAAUGCAACAGUGGUUUCUUAAACUAUUUUUGUAAUAUAACUGUUUUUUACUAGUCCAUAUUUUUGUGGAGAGAAU